AUCACAGCUAUCGAAUGCACGAGUGCGGAUGGUCAAUUUCUAAAACCCUCAAUUAUUUGGCCCACUCAUUUUCAGGAAAUUUGGGAAGGCUCCUCUAAUUUUGGUUGGUACCACGAACAGUCCAAAGAUGGGUAUCUGGACAGAAAUGUCAUUUUAAAAUGGAUCACGGAGACUUUUGAGCCCCAAACAAAGGCACGAGCUAAGGGUAGUAUUCCACUCUUGAUAAGCGAUGCUCUUUCCGAUUACAAUACACGAUUUGUGGAAAAAUUCUGUGAGAAGAAAACAUUCGUCUAUGUCAACUUCAUUCAUUAG